GAUUGAGUCGGUAAUUCGAUGAGGAGCUAAUGGCUGAGUUCACAGAGAAAGGACGAUACUAUUUGGGCGGUGCUGUUGGGGUGUCGUCGCAAUGCAAUAACAUUCAAUAUGGAGUACAUAGUACUGUGAUUCUUAUAUUUCGGCAACUACAAAUAGAUAAGUAUCCAUUAACUGUCUAGUCAUUCCAUAAUUUAGUGAAUCUGUUUCGGAAUUCUUUAGAGCGCGUAGGCUAUGUAUUUGAUGUUCAUAAAUUGAUGCAUUGUUACAUGAGAACCGUUGUUCUAAUAGCAAUUUGGUGCGGUGACAGUUAAACUGUUGUAACAUUUAGAUACGUAUUAAUGUAGCAAUAUUUCAAAUGAUAAAUGUUAUCCUUGCAACGAACUCAACAGCGUGUGGUGGCGAUUCUAAUUUGUAUACAAGCCUGGUAGUGGCUAAAGCGCUAUUGAACGUUUUGAAGAAUACUCGGUUACUAGGUGAAAGGUUAGGGACAUCGCUCUCAAAUAGUUCCUCGUCGGGUCGUGUAUGAUCAUAGGAUGCGCAAUGCAGUGAGUGCCUCUUUGUCCCUGGGAUCGCUGGGUCUGCUGCGUCUCUUCGGGGUCCCCUGGUCCUGGAGCUUAGCAGCAGGCUUCGGGGUCUUUCUGGGCACAGGUGGUUGGAAGUACCUCUACAUCGUAGUCCGUACUGCCAAAAGAGACCUAAAUGGCCUUUACGUGUUGUUACGAGUCAAGAUAGCCUUGUGGCACCACCUACGGCGCAACAGCAAUAUCCCCUCCAUCUUUGCCCAGACAGUGAAUCAGCACCCAAAUAAACCCGCCCUCAUCUACGAUGCCACAGGAGAGACGUGGACCUUCACCCAGCUGGACCUGCUGUCUAACGCUGUGGCCCAAUGGGCUCUGGCACAGGGCUGGGCCCCGGGGGAUGUGGUGGCCCUCUUCAUGGAGAGCCGGCCCUUGCAGGUGGCCCUCUGGCUGGGCCUGGCCAAGGUGGGGGUGGAGGCAGCACUCAUCAACUUCAACCUGCGGAGGGACGCUCUCCUGCACUGUGUUGGAGUGUCUGUGUCCAGAGGGAUCGUUUUCGGAGCCGAGCUGGCUGGUGCCAUGUUGGAGGUGAGCUCAUCCCUGAGCCCGUCGAUGGUGCGGUUUUGUACAGGAGAGCUCAGUGUAGACUGUCUUGCCUCCCUGUCUGCCCAGAAUCUGGACUAUAUCCUGGCCUCGGCCCCUACACUGCCCCCUCCUCCCUGCAUCCCACCCAAGAGCUUCAAUGAUCGUCUGUUCUAUAUAUACACCUCAGGCACCACAGGACUCCCGAAAGCUGCCAUAGUGGUGCACAGUCGGUAUUACCGUAUCGCUGCUUUUGGCUACCAUGCUUUCCGCAUGCGCCAGGAUGACAUCAUCUACGACUGCCUUCCCCUCUACCACUCUGCAGGUAAUAUCAUGGGUGUAGGCCAGUGUCUCAUCAAUGGACUCACUGUGGUGGUGAAGAAGAAAUUCUCAGCCAGUCGCUUCUGGGAAGAUUGCAUCAAGCACAACUGCACUGUGGUGCAGUACAUAGGGGAGAUCUGUCGCUACCUGCUGUCCCAGCCGGUGCGGCCAUCUGAGAAGGGUCACCGGGUUCGCCUGGCGGUGGGGAAUGGGCUGCGCCCUAGUGUCUGGGAGGCCUUCACCGAGCGCUUUGGGGUGGCCCAGGUUGGGGAGUUCUACGGAGCCACUGAAUGCAACUGUAGCAUCGCCAACAUGGACGGCAAGGUGGGAGCUUGUGGGUUCAACAGCCGCAUCCUGCCCAAUGUGUACCCAAUCUGCCUCAUGAAAGUGGAUGAGGAGACCACAGAGCUGGUGAGGGACAGGCACGGCCUGUGUGUGCCCUGCCGUCCUGGGGAGCCAGGGCUGCUGGUGGGAAGGAUCAACCAACAGGAUCCGCUACGGAGGUUUGAUGGCUACGCCAACCAGGAUGCCACUAGGAAGAAGAUUGCCAACAACGUCUUCAAGAAAAAUGACACGGCAUAUCUGUCAGGGGAUGUGUUGGUGAUGGAUGAGCUAGGCUACAUGUACUUCCGGGACCGCAGUGGAGACACGUUCCGCUGGAGAGGAGAGAACGUCUCCACCACCGAGGUGGAGGGAACACUGAGUGGUCUGCUGGGCCAGGCCGAUGUGGCUGUGUAUGGGGUAUCUGUACCAGAUGUGGAAGGGAAGGCAGGGAUGGCUGCCAUUGCAGACCCAACAGGGACAUUUGACUGUGAUGCGUUCCUGCGAGAGGUCCAACAGGCCCUGCCCCCUUACGCCCGUCCCGUGUUCCUACGCAUCUCCCCACAAGUAGACACCACAGGUACCUUUAAAAUCCAGAAGACCCGGUUGCAGAGGGAGGGAUACGAUCCGCGCUUAUCAACCGACCAGAUCUACUUUUUGAACUCCAGAGCAGGGCGUUAUGAGGCUGUGAAUGAGGAGCUACACAGUGCUAUAGUGGAGGGUAGAAUGGCUCUUUGAGAUGAUGGACUAUUUUAAGCUGGGUUUACACAACACGUUUAUGAGACUGCUUUGAGCCACAGCUUGUUGUAGCUACGUUAAAUCUAAUCACAUAACUGUUUUUGCGAGACACGGUGGUAUGGACAAUCCUCACGACCAAGUGAGGAAUCUUGUAGUGUGUGAGCCCGGUCUGUGCCACAUGGUCUACUGUGUGAGCCCGGUCUGUGCCACAUGGUCUACUGUGUGAGCCCUGUCUGUGCCACAUGGUUUAGUGUGUGAGCCCUGUCUGUGCCACAUGGUUUAGUGUGUGAGCCCUGUCUGUGCCACAUGGUUUAGUUUGUGAGCCCUGUCUGUGCCACAUGGUUUAGUUUGUGAGCCCUGUCUGUGCCACAUGGUUUAGUGUGUGAGACCUGUCUGUGCCACAUGGUUUAGUGUGUGAGACCUGUCUGUGCCACAUGGUUUAGUGUGUGAGCCCUGUCUGUGCCACAUGGUUUAGUGUGUGAGACCUGUCUGUGCCACAUGGUUUAGUGUGUGAGACCUGUCUGUGCCACAUGGUUUAGUGUGUGAGCCCUGUCUGUGCCACAUGGUUUAGUUUGUGAGCCCUGUCUGUGCCACAUGGUUUAGUGUGUGAGACCUGUCUGUGCCACAUGGUUUAGUGUGUGAGACCUGUCUGUGCCACAUGGUUUAGUGUGUGAGCCCUGUCUGUGCCACAUGGUUUAGUGUGUGAGCCCUGUCUGUGCCACAUGGUUUAGUGUGUGAGCCCUGUCUGUGCCACAUGGUUUAGUGUGUGAGCCCUGUCUGUGCCACAUGGUUUAGUGUGUGAGCCCUGUCUGUGCCACAUGGUUUAGUGUGGCACCACUACGUUGGCAAGACAACAAAAUACUACAGGAAAGACGGUCGUUUAGUGCGAGAGCCUCAGCCAUGUUUGGAUCAUGAAAGUCAUGUAGUGCACACCGGCUUUAGGAAAGUGACUGUCAAGGUGUCAGAUACUGGAGACUGAUAUGCUGGAGUGGAAAAGCCUGAUCAUGCCUUUAUAAUGCAUUGUAAGACUUGUCAUAAGCAUGCAUGACCCCAUAUAAUGUCUUAUCAACUCAUAAUGAUCCUGUCUAAACAUCCAGCAAUUUUUUGUCAGUUGAUAUUUUCAUACGUUGUGAAAAAUAACAUUGUAUUAUAAAGGCUCAUCUGUGCUUAGAACACGUUAUAAAGCAGUACACCUGCAGGCUUUAAGUAGUGUUAUUGCUGAAGUCUCCAUGUAUUAGUGUUGCUCCCUGGAUCUAGUCUAGAUCAGGGGACUGAAGGGCUACUGAUCAAUCAGGGAAACCUUAGUACUGUUACAAAACCAUGUUUUAACACUGUAUCAAUAACGUCCAAGGACAAGGUUGGAUGAGGGCUUUUCCCCCCUUUUGUAUUUCUUCAUUUGUGUUGUUUCUUAGUUUAGCCAAAUGAAAACGUUCAAGCCUUCAACACUACAAUGUACAUAGAGCAGAGCAAGUUUUCACAUGAAACCAGGAUGUCUGUUUGUUACAAUGAGAGUGUAAAGGAAAUGAGAGCUGGGACUGAAUAUACCACAGUCGUUGAGAUACCAGUCUCUUGAAGAUUGUGUUCCAGGCUAUUUGCUCCCAACCUUGUAAUAGUAGUGUGCCACCAUGUAAAGAACAAAAUACUGAACAGAUUUUUAGCAAUACUUGAGUGUCCAUGUUGGAUGAGGUGUUGCUACCUGUGUGUUAGUAGUAUGAUAGACCAUGCCACAGCUGAACAUGCCUCUUAUUCCCAACACUAACUGUAGGAGUUUUGAUUGCGAGAUUACAUUUUUUUAAUGUAAAACUUAACCCAAUUACGUAACAUGUUUGAAGUAAUGGAUGAUAUGCACUGACUGACCACUCCGGUUCACACACAUUGAUAUUAUGUGCCUUGUGGGAACCCUGUGGAAGCCCUGUGUGUCCUGGAACUAUUGGGGUUUUAUGCUUAACCUGACUAGGGAACUCCAAUACAUAAGAACAUUAUUUAAACAAUAUCUUCAAAAUCUGUCAAUUAGUCAGCGAUCAUGGUUGCCCUAUUAUUAUGUAAUAAAGCAAUUUCUCAGAGUAAUAUUGUA